UAACACUACGACGAACUAACAUCCCGUCCGCUGGUUCAUUAACUGGCUGGCUGGCUGGCUAACUACAGUCGAUCAACAGCCACAGGAGGACAGCGCAUUGCCGCCCCGACGGCAGCGGCCGGAACUAUAACCAAUAUAAUUGUUCUGCUAUUGUGGCAGCUUCCAGUACAGCUGCGAUUGUGAGGAUCCACUCCGAGACUCAGACGCUCAAAGCUCAGUAGAGCUAGCACUACCCGACGACUCACUGGCUGUGACGAUCGCUGCCUGUUCGAUUUGCAUUGGCCGAUCAUCGUCAGUUGUACGUAGGACCGGCUGAUGCGCUGUCUAUGGCCCAGCAAGACGAGUUGAUGCACGGUCAAUACGCUGCUGUGACUGACGCAGAUUUUCGGCACGGUGCCGCCACGUACCAGUACUACUACGACGACGACGACGACGACGACGACGACAACGACGACGACGACGACGACGCCGCCGCCGCAGCAGCAGCAACACUGGUCCACUGCUGUCGCUCCACUGAGACGGCGACGGCGGCAGCAGCAGCACGGCUUGGAAUAGCGGUGAAAGCAGCAGCAGCAGCAGCAGCAUCAUCACAACUGGAAGCGGUUCGCCUCGAGAAAUACGCGUGUAGUGGUCCGGUAGUGGUGAGCAUGUGAUGAUAUAACUGUGCGUUGUCAGUUCGUUGCAAAAACGCCAAUUGGCGAUAACUAGUGCUUAGCGAAAAGCCUUAGGUUAGUUGAGGGGCCGUCGAACAGGGGUAACAUUGGAGAGGCGCUUGCCGUACGCCGGUCUCGUCCACUCCGGAGUUGCAUAGCGAUAGAUUUGAAGGUACGAAAGUGAGUCUUUGCUUAGAAAGUCCUGGCCGUGAAGUGCUCUCAUAUGUCUUCGACACGGCGAGCCCACAAAUUUCGGUUCGGCGAAAAGUUGACUCCUCGUACCAGUUAACGUGAGAGCUAUGCGUUGAUGCUGGCUCAAAGUGAAUAUUUACGUUGCCAGAGUGAGCUGGCGCGGGAAAAACGUAAAGACAGACUAACGGAGAGAGCAAAAUCGAGUGAGGGAGAGAGAAAGUUAACGAACGCAGAAUGUAGAUAAAUGUGGGAGAGAAACAGGACGUAGAAACUGGCGGGCGUAUAGGCCGCACAACUACAUCUGACGAAGUUUAUCUACAACGACGUGUGCACAGAGAGUUUGUCGGCGACUCGAGUCACUUAGCUAUCGGUCUGUGAGAGUUAAAGCACGAUCAGCGAUGUCCGAUGCAUAUCUCUGCGUGUAAGUGCCACAGAAAAAGUUGGACUGUUUGUGGGUGGAGAUUUCGACCAGGGCACGACACUUCGGGCGGGACCCUUUCUCUCAACGAGUGGUGGUAGGCGACGAGCGAACAAGCUCAGCCGGUUGCAAUAGGGCGAAACGGAAUUAUGGUGAAAUUUAUUAAGUGAAGUGUGUGCUAACGUUCAUUAACAACAACAGUAACAACAAGGCGGCAACCAGUUGUACGGAAAAAAAGAUUUGUAUUAAGUUGCUUUGUGAGUGACCAUGUGAGUGUUUCACGUCUGAUUGCAUUGUACAUUAACCUAAAAACAUUUCAAACGCGCAUUGCGGUUGCGUUUAAACAUUGCAGCACAUCUGAGUGCAACAUCCAUCCCCGUUCGCUCUCGACUGUGGAAUACGUCAAUGCUAGAUAAAAAAAGAAGUGAUUAUCGAUCAACUGGUUAUCGUUGAGUUGUAUCGGUCGUCAGCAUCGUAGGUCGCCAACGAAAAGUUCGCCUUCGGCCAAUAACUGUUCCGACACCUGCGAGGAUUAGGACUGCAACUAUGCCUGUGGCAUUCAAAGUAUAAAAAGGAAAACACGCAUGGUGUGAGGUAUAAACGGAAAAGAAGAAACCAGUCUGGUGCAGGCGAUCAAAGGCUACGAAUCGUCGUCCGACUGGCUGACAACCGAUUCAAAUAAAGACGAAACUGUCGCGCUGUCAUUGAUCCGUGUAGUAGUGGGUCGUCCCGUGUCGAGUCCGUGAGCCCACUCGGGCCCGGACGCAUCACACGUUUAACGGAAUCAAGAUGGGCAGUCCGGAGAGCUGGAUGUCGAAUCCAAACGUGUUCGGCAAAAUGGAGCUGACUGUGUCGGCUGGCGGCGACGCCGUUAGCGGCGGCCUCAUUGAGGUUAGUUCGAGUGACGGUAUGACGCUGUUACCCGUUGGACCGACGGGCAGUUCGGGUGGAGCCUGCGGCCAGCCUAACUGGAAACUCGAGCCACAAAAGGCUCUCAAAUCGCAGAUCGAGAUCAUCCCAUGCAAGGUGUGCGGUGACAAGAGCUCGGGGGUGCAUUACGGCGUGAUCACCUGUGAGGGCUGCAAAGGUUUCUUUCGACGAUCUCAGAGCUCAGUCGUGAAUUAUCAGUGUCCCAGACAGAAGAACUGUGUGGUCGAUCGGGUCAACAGAAACAGGUGUCAAUACUGCAGGUUGCAGAAAUGUCUCGCUCUCGGGAUGAGCAGGGACGCCGUUAAGUUCGGUAGAAUGAGCAAGAAGCAGCGAGAGAAGGUCGAAGAUGAGGUUCGUUUCCACCGAGCACAACAAACCCGCCCUGCCAGCGCCACAAGCGAGACGGCACCAGAUUCAAGUGUGUCCAUCUUCGAGCCACAACCGUCCGGGCUCAGCCAGUUCCCUCAGUCGGCUGCUAUUAGUCAACCGCAGCUUCAGCAGCAGCAGCAGCAGCAACCAGUUUCGAACUCCGGCUAUUUUCCUGAAGAGAUCACGACCCACUUCUACGGUGCCAACGACUACGAAGUCUCCAAUAACCUGUGCUCGAGCAGUUUCGACGUGUCGGACUUCGGUUCGAAUCCGCGCUCGGUCGAGCCGAGCCCAUUGGCUAAGGAGGACAUUUGCCAGUCGUCGGCAGGUCCUGCAUUGACCCCUUCGCCUACACCGGUGACGCCGGUCUCAGCUGUGCCUGCGGCCGUUCCCGGCUCUGGCCAUCCGGCGCCCCACCUCGAGCUACUGUGCAAGACCGUCUCGGACGCGCACACCCGUACCUGUCUGUUCAGCUCGGAAGAGAUUAGCCUCAAGGUGCAGACUCUCCGCUCGAAUCCGAGCCUGAGCUUGUCCAAGAUCGAUCACCUGAAAACCAUGACGCAAGAAGAUCUGUGGCUCGAUUGCUCUCAUAAAUUGACCUCGCUCAUUCAACAGAUCAUCGAGUUCGCCAAAAUGAUACCCGGCUUCAUGAAGCUAUCGCAGGACGAUCAAAUCGUCCUGCUAAAAGCGGCUUGCUUUGAAUUGUGCCUAUUACGAAUGACGCGCUAUUUUGACGCUGAAUCGAAUUGUGUCUUGUAUGGCGACACCCUACUUCCUGAAGACGUGUUCCACACCUGCGAUACACUGGAAAUCAAGCUCGUUAGCGGCAUCUUCGAAUUGGUCAGAUCGUUGGCGCGACUUCAGUUGAACGAUACACAGCUAGCGUUGUAUUCGGCCUUCGUGCUCGUUUCACCGGAACGGCCAGGUCUUAAGGGGACGGCGGAGAUCGAACGAGUCUCGUCAGCCCUUUUGAAGUGCCUGCGCAUCGAAGCGACGCGCGAACGACACCUCGGCAUUACCAUUAAAGGCGAUCAAGGCCUUGUUGAGCAUUUGCUGCUCCAACUGCCGAAACUGCGUGAUCUAUCGCGUUGCCAUCUCGAAGCGCUGUCCAAUCUCAAAUUGCGGAGUCCAGCACUACAUAUGCCACCGCUACACAAAGAACUAUUUUCGUCUGAUCCCUAGAACGUCCAAAAAAAGGAGCGAGCAGAAAUAUACCUAUCAAGCCAUUCGAGUGCCUUAGCUGCGCUUAAUUCAUCGAGCAGUGGUGGAUUAGAAGAAUUAACACAUAUUGUUUACGACAGUUCG